GAUUCAAUGAAGAGAGAUUGACGGCUUUGGAAGUUCUUGAAAACAGGAAAAACUGGCCUUGGGUGGGAUUCAGUGACAGGAAAGAUAUAAGCCUCAAAUGAUUGGUGGGAAAAAAAAAUUAUGGAGAAACGUGAGGUAAAGAAGUUUCGAAAUAAAGGAUUGCUUCCUGCCAUAGAAGAUUUAUGGAAUCAAUUAUUUCAAGAUGGUUAUGCUACAGGUGCUAAUGUUGUGUCAAUUAAUAUUGAUCCAUCAAGUGUAAAACAGGAUGAAAGAAGUGGUGGAGAUAAGAAUAAGAAUAAUAUUGAUGAAGAUUAUGAGAUUGAUACUGAUUCUAUUUAUCCAUCCCAUUAUCCUAGUUUGGAUGAUUUGGAUAAUAGACUAGGUACCUUGAAAAAUCAAGAGCGAGGUUUUUAUAGUCACUUACUAAUGGAUGUCACGUUUCAAGUACCUGGUUUUAACCCUAGUAGUGGUUAUAGUGCUGAAUCACCUAAUGUUGGUGUUUGUGGUGCUUCUAAUACUAAAGAUCCUAACCAAGCAUCCAAUCACGAUGGGGGCAAUGAUAAUUCUAAAAAACCUCAAAAAUGUGGGAAAAAGACUACAAAGCCGGACCUAAUGAAGCGUAGCGGAAGACAAUCAAGUAGAUCAGCUAUGUUAUCUAAUCAAAUUAGUACUAUGGUUAGUAGUUGUAAUCGAGCUUUAGAAUUGAUGGAGGCUGACACCAAUCUUCCGAAUGUAGCAAACACACAUGGUUCUUCUAAAGAUGGUAGUGUUGCUCAAGCUAUGGCUAUUGUUAGUCGAAUGGCUACUAGUGGAUGUGGACUCCUCAAAUAUAGUGAUAUGUGGUGCUUUUUGGCCAAUUUGAUUGAGGAUGCAAAAAGAGAAUUAUUUAUUCACAUGGAUGAUGAUGAAUUAAGAAUGACUUGGUUAAAGUACAUGGAGACCAAAGACAAGUGA